AUGACAAUGCUCAGUACGAAGAAACUCAUCAAGAUGGCCAGGAGAUGGCAGAAGUUUGCAGCCAAGCAGAGGAAGAGGAUUUCAUUUCCAAGAAAUGACAGUAAUGCAGACGGUUGCAGUACAUCCUCAUCCUCUAUAGUUGAAAAGGAUCAUUUUGUAGUCUAUACAAUUCAUCAAAGGAGCUAUGCAUUUCCCUCGACUUACCUUGAAAAUGAGGUCAUUACGCAACUUUUAAGCAUGUCCGAAGAAGAGUUUGGUCUGCCAAGUAGUGGCCCUAUUACAUUACCCUCUGAUUCAGCCUUCAUGGACUACAUCAUUUGGCUAAUCAAGACAGGCGUAGCUGCUGGUGAUCUUCACAAAGCAUUGCUCCGCUCAAUUCCUUCAUGUUGCGUUGCUACUUCUUUUUGUCAACAAGAAAGUAGAAAUCAACAGAUUCUUGUUUAUUGA